CUUCCCGACCCCGCCCCACGACCGCCCCUGUCGUGCCCUGGCCGGAAGAGGUGGUGCUAGGGCCGUUGCUAUGAUACGACCAACAACGGAGAAAGCGGCGAGUUUAGAAGCUGCUUCUUAGGAGGCUGGGCAAGCACUUCGGCGAGAAUACUUAUGUUUCGUAUACAGGAAAAUGUCUAGUCAGGAGGAUAAAUAUGAAGCUCAGAAUAUAGAUGAUUCAACAGAAGAAACUGAUGAUGCUUUUGACACCGUCACUGUUCCAGUUCCCCCAGAAGAGCCUCAAGAGUCAGAUCAAACUGAAGAGCAUGAAUCUGGACUAGAACAAUUCAAUGAGAGCCGUGCAAUGCACGUUGAGGAGCAGAGUGCCCAAAGCUUUUCAAGUGUGGAACCAGACAACGAACAACUCAUGGAAGAGGUUGUAUCACCAAUACAAGUUUCAUAUACUCCACUACAUCAUGAAAGGCAAUUUGCAAUGCAGAGUCCAAAUGAUAAUAGUUUGGCAUUUCUGGAUAAAAUAAAGGCUGUAAAGGAGUCUUUACAAGAAUCAAAGGAAGAUUCUCUAGCAACAGUAAAAGUUGUACUUAUUCCAGUGGGCCAGGAAAUUGUAAUGCCUUUUAAGGUUGAUACCAUUCUUAAACAUCUCAAGGACCACUUUUCACACUUAUUAGGUAUCCCACAUUCUAUACUACAGAUAAGAUACUCAGGAAAAAUUCUUAAAAAUAAUGAGACUCUAGUACAACAUGGAGUUAAGCCACAGGAAAUUGCACAAGUGGAAAUCUUUUCUGCAAAUCCAGAUCAGUAUCCAGUCAAAAGAAUAGUUGGAUUAACUGAUGUCUGUCAAAUCAUAACUGUCACUGUCCAAACUGGCAUUGAUCAAUACCAGGAGGUAACUGUUGAGAUUGUCAAAUCUGACUUUCACAAACCAUUUCUUGGUGGAUUCAGACAUAAAAUAACAGGAGUAGAGUAUCACAAUGCUGGAACACAAACCAUACCUAGAAAGAUUCCUGAAAGAUCCAGUGUAUUUUGUAGGGAUACACAGACAAUUUUUGAGAAAAAUAAGCUCCAACAGACUACAAAUACAGCAUCUACACAGAUGACUAACAUUGGUGUAUAUGUAUCAAAUAUGACUGAUAAACUGGUAACACCCGGAAAGUAUUUUUCAGCAGCAGAAUACCAUGCUCAAAGACUGAAGGCGGUGAUAGUGAUACAGACUUACUUCAGGCAAUGGCAUGCUAAAACCUUCGUAGAGAAGGUAAGAAGACAGAAAAGAUUAAGGUUGGAAUGGGAAAGACAGGAAGAACUAAGGAAGAUAAGAGAAAAAGAAGAAUGGAUAAAAUUGGACUAUGAUCGGAGGCAUAAUCCUAAAACAAAUGAAGAUUUUGAAUUACUUUAUAAUGCAUUAGAAUUCUGGUGGCAAGAAGAACUUAGAUGUAUUAACCAAUCUUUCACUGGAGCUGAAAGGAAAGCUGCUCUAUGUGAACUUCUGGAAAAAGAGACUCAGAUAAUUGCUUCCAUUGGGAGACACAGAUACAUUGCUUAUAUGGCGAAUCAGGAAGCAGCAGUACAAGCUUUUUUGGAUAAGUGUUCAGCUCCAAAAAUAUGGAGAACGCCUAAUGGCAAAACAAUUGAGAUGGAUACACAGUUCACCAUCAGAGCCAGAGAGCUGCAAAAUAUCUAUAAGUGCAUUAUGCUGAAAAAUAUCUCUCAGGAUGAGAGGCUUGAUGUACUCUUAACUCUUAAACACACUGUAAAGGAACAUGAAUGUAAACUAACUCAGGAAAUUCUAGAAUUGAUUGACAGAGAGGUUGACCUUAUGAUGAGAGGAGUCAAACAUCAUAACCUUGAAGGACUCAGAAAAAGAAUUGCGACACUCUUUUUUCAUUAUAUCAAAACACCUCUGUUUAAUCCUCAAGUUGCAAAAUACCUUAAGGUCCCUCAAGAUCCAUUGAAAUUUUAUAAGAAGAUUUACUUUUGCCACAGUUGCCAACUUUAUUUGCCUUCUACAGAGUUUUCUGUAUCAUCCACCUCACGUCACAUAUACCGGUGUCGUAACUGCAUUAGCCUUGAGAAUGAGGCUCAAAAACGAGAAUCAUUUUUGAAGUACAAAUGUUUACUUCAACAGCUCUACUAUACAGAAGCUGAUUACGAAGAUGAUUCUAAAAUUGCUUUCUUGAUGCAGCUGCAAGAUAUUCAGUACCUGACAGAGAACAUCUGGGCAUCCCAGUCAGUGCUCAGUGCCUGGGACAAUCUCAGUGAUCUGGCCAUGGUCAGAUGGAAUAAAUCCCUGGAGUGGUCCCCCUGGAACUGUAUUCUUCUUACCAAAGAUGAAGCAGCUGCUCAUCUCAAGCUAACAAGUAUUGAAGAGGGAUAUGAACGCUCAUUUAUUCACAAGAUCAAACACAAACAUAUCCUGGCUAAGAACUAUUUUUCUCAGAUUCCAGUGCUGGCUUCAUUUAUACUUGAUGAUGGUGAAAUAGAUGAGAUCAGACAGAAAUAUCGCUCAGACACGACACCUAAGAUUAUAGAAUCCCAGAGGCCUCCUCCUUAGAUGAUCCAGGAGUAUUUGUUUGAUGAUCAGUAUGUUGUUCACUACUAAUAGGGUAAUACAGAGGUCACAGAGUGUGGAAAUGGAAUUUGAUCUGUUUAUUGAUUUUGUUUUUUGUUUUUUAUGUUAUUUUGAGUUCUAUGAAGAGAAAACAUUUCUAUGUGUUUUGUUGUUAGGAAGUUAGUGCUAAAUUGAAAUGCAAUUUUGUUACUGAAAUUAAUAUUUUGCAGUAAAGAAAACAUUUUAAAAUAUAUUUUCACAUUAAAUUAAAAAAAAUUUCAAGUAUAUUAUAGUUAAAAUCUAACAGCCAAAUAAAAACUAGACUUAACUUUCA